UUUUUUUCUCGAACGUGUAUGUUUUGAGGCGAAGAAGACGAUGUAAGCACCACGUUCGAUUAAACCUCACGUGCGCCACGUUCUGCCAUCGUCACGUGGUGUCGGCUUGCCAAGAGAGAAGACGGGCGUUUCACUUGCCGAAAAAUCAAGAUGCCACCGCUCACGCUUGGCUCCCUGGUUGGAACAGUCCUGCUGCUGGCCCACGCAGAAGCUUACAUCACUUACUUGGAGGUCCGCCUGCCGCUUCAAGGAAACCGGGCUCCCCGGGGCUCCGUGUGGCCGGAGCCGCAGCUCGUCAUGCCUUCGAAGCUGCAGAGGCACCUGGUGCCGGGUUCGUUUCGUAUCACAACGAACGACGCGGGCACACCACAGUGCGACGUGCUGGCCAAGGCAACGGCCCGCUACGCCAAGCUGCUCUUCUUCAACGCCAUGAAGCAGGAACAGGGGGCAGCGAUGCCGACAGGCAAGCCGCUGGACAGGCUGGACGUCAACGUGUCACUCCUCGCGGAGCAGUACUGCCGCUACCCGCGUUACGGAGACGACGAGAGCUAUAACCUGACUGUACCGGUUGCCGGUGAUGCUUUUCUGAAUGCCACAACUGUUUGGGGAGCAUUGAGAGGUUUGGAAACGUUCAGUCAGCUUUUUUACCAAGAUCCCGACACCAAAGAAUUCCUGGUGAACGUGACGUCACUGCGAGACUACCCGAGGUUCUUCUACAGGGGCCUCCUCGUUGAUUGCGUCACGCGGUUUCUUCCUGUGAAGACGCUCAAAAGAAAUCUGGAUGCCAUGGCUUACAACAAGUUUAACGUCUUUCACUGGUUCCUUGCCGACGGGACCGCCUGGCGCCUCAGAUUGGCGGCAUUCCCGAAUCUCACGACGAUGACGCGACUUCCUAGGCACAUGUACCAGCCCCAGGACGUCGAGGACGUCGUCGAGCACGCCAGGUUGCGCGGCAUUCGCGUCAUCCCGGAGUUCGCCAUCGCCUCACCUCCUAAGCUGCUGAGGGACGCACUUCCAGGCCUGGUGACGCUUUGCCCGCGCAGCGAGGAGCAGCACCGCAAAGUCCCCUACCCGAAGGACUGCGCGUGGGACGUGGUGGAUUUGUGGCACGGCCCAACGUACGAUGCGUACGCCGUCAUCUUCAGGGAGGUCGCGUCUCUCUUCAAGGACGAGUACAUGCACCUCGGAAGCAAGCUGCACCUUACAACGCUCCCGAGCGACGCACAAUCUCAGGCGGCCACAAUGCUACAGCUGUACACGGACAACAUCAUCAACCUCACCCGCAGCCUGGGUUUCAAGACCAUGGUCUGGCACGACCUCAUCAGCAUCGGCAUGAGGGUUCCCCGCGACACCGUCGUGCAGCUGUGUCGCAGGGAGGACGACGUGGACAGCUCGACGAUCCAGCAGCUGGCCAAGGCGGGACACCAGCUGGUCUUCUCCUCCAAGUGGAACCUGAGCGCCUUCAUGUACGGCCCCGACUGGAAAAAUUUCUACAGCUACGACCCCGCGCAACUUGAUGUGCACAGAGAGACAAGAGACAUGGUAAUCGGAGGGGAGGCCACGCUCUGGACCCACAUUGUCGACGCGACGAAUCUCAUACCGAGAGUGUGGCCCCGGGCUUCGGCCAUGGCGGAGCGGUUGUGGAGCAGUGAAUCGAUGACCAAUACUGACGAUGCGGCGUUCCGACUGGACGAGCAGCGAUGCCGCAUGCUCAACCGAGGAAUCCGAGCACAACCAAUACUGAACGGUUACUGCGGCGACCAAGACCUUGACUACAUGGACAAUUACCCUGUUGUCGAGUGACUUCGUUUUGUUUUUACUGUUGCAAUGACCAAAGAUAAAUCAUUGUUUUCUUGCCUA